CCGUUUAUAAGGUGAAAUUCGUAUUACAUCAAUAUCAUGUACUUGAAGUAAUGACAAGAGAAAGGAGAGAGAGAGCAAGAGAAGAAAAUAGCUUUUGUUUUCUUUCCUUUCACCUCACGAAAUUGUCUUUCUGUGUACAUUGUAGGGUACACUUUCUGAUGGUAGAGUAGUGGCUGUGAAGCAACUUUCAGUAUCAUCUCACCAAGGGAUGAGGCAAUUUGUAUCUGAAAUUGCUACCAUAUCUGCUGUGCAACAUCGGAAUUUAGUGAAAUUGUAUGGAUGCUGCAUUGAAGGCAGCCACCACAUUUUGGUUUAUGAGUAUCUUGAAAACAAGAGCCUUGAUCAGGCACUUUUUGGAACAAGUAACUUGCACCUUGACUGGCCUACUCGAUUCAAUAUAUUGUUAGGAACAGCAAGAGGACUUGCUUACCUUCAUGAGGAGUCAAAGCCAAGGGUUGUACAUCGAGAUGUCAAAGCUAGUAAUAUUUUGCUCGAUGCAGAACUCUCCCCAAAAAUAUCAGAUUUUGGAUUGGCAAAGCUUUAUGAUGACAAGAAAACCCACAUUAGCACCCGGGUUGCAGGGACAAUAGGCUAUUUGGCACCAGAGUAUGCAUUGUUUGGCCAUUUGACAGAGAAGGCCGAUGUGUUUGGUUUUGGAGUCGUUGUUUUGGAGAUCCUCAACGGAAGACCAAACUCUUACAAUAACUUGGAUCCAGAAAAGAUUUAUCUUCUUGAAUGGGUAUGGACUUUACAUGAAAACGACCAAACUCUCGGGCUGGUGGAUCCCAGAUUGACAGAGUUUGACAAAACUGAAGCGACUAGACUGAUAAGAGCAGCUCUCCUGUGCAGGCAUCACCGAUGACGAGGCCAUCUAUGUCACGCGUGGUGGCAAUGCUCUCUGGAGAUAUUGACAUAGGCACUGUCAUGUCAAAGCCGAGCUAUUUGACAGAUUAUGAUUUUAAAGAUGUAACGACAUCGUUAACAAGUAGAUUUUUGGGGGAGGAUGAUACCCCAUCAACUUCAUCCAAAGGUAGUAAUGUUCGCCUCAACUAUCAAUCGGGAGGCAACAAUGCAAGUGGUGCUUCUGUAAACGUCACUUAAUCAUUGCUAGUUGACAUUAAAGGAGAAGGAAGGUGAGAAAUAUUGAGAACUGAUUUUCACACGCUCUUUUUACCCCUUCGUAGAUGCCUAUAAACAAAAUCCACGAGUUGGCUCUAGAUGAGUUAAUGCCAAUUGUUGAUUCAUUAGUGUCACCAUAUUGUGACUCUUUGGUAAGGUUUUUGCAUAAGCAACCUCUUUUACAUGAAUGAUUAUUAAUUGUUCGU